AUGAGCAGCAAGUCCGCCUUGUCUUUGAGGCUAUUGUUCAUAGCGUUGAUUUUUACCUCGUCCUUGGUCAGCGGGUUUCAACGAUUGGUAUCGCCGAGUUCGCUACUAUUUCUUCCGAGCCACCAAAGAAGAUCACGUGACUCGGUGCAGUCUCGUCUGUUCUCGUUGAACAAGAGCCAGCAAACCGAAGUGGCUUCUCUGGUAGAAGAGGGCGCAGCAGCCACCACCACCACCAAUGAUGUUGAAUCUUCGUCGGAUCAGGCAUCCAUUUGGAGAGCUCAGGCGGCGCGGAUGCGAAAAGAAGCCGAGAAACUGGAUACGAACUUGACGUUGGAGAAAAUGCAAGCCAUUGAAAGGAAGCUCAACAACAAGGCGUGGCUCGAGAGAAAUCCUGAUCAAGUCGAAAAUAUGCAGCGUCAAUUGGAGACCCUGCAAGAUAAAUUGGCGGGACCUGGGACAUCCCAAGCAGAAGUGGAAAAGCCAACAACAACAACAACAACUAGCCUGAAUGGAGACAAUGGGGCGGCAGCUCCAAAUGGCAAGGAUGAUCCUACGUCUGCGCCUGUAUCCAUAAAUGAGGAGAAAACUGUAUCUCAACCGGAGAAAACACCAUCAAUCAAUUCCGAAAGGGCCAACAAGGCUUCAACAGAGCAAAAUAAGGCAGCCCAAAAGGCCUACUAUGAAGAAAAUCCUCUGUCAGGAUAUGACCAGGAGGAUCUGGAGUUGUACACUCCGGUCGUCAUUGCCAUUGAUGAAAGAUUGCCUUCCAACGCGACGUUUCAAGAAAAGUUGGAAGCCUUUCGAGCAGCUCCAGAAUUGCAAAAACACUUUGAAGAAAAGAUUCGGAAAAUGCUCAUGGAACCUAUUCAAAACGUUCAACGAUUGGAAGAACUCAAAAGCGAUUAUUUGAGUUCCUCCAGUUCAGUUGAAAAGGCCAAUAUCAAACGAGAAAUUGAUCGACUCAAAAAGACCCUGGAAAAUGACAGUCCAUUCGUCUACAGCGACAGUAUCGUCUACGAGAAUCUGCCAAUAUUAACAGAAGAAGAGAUUCAGCUGCGAUUGGAAGCAGUGGGUGCUCUGCACCCGAUUCUCCAGGCAAUGUACAAAAGGCGAUGUGGUGUCAAUGAAACAGAAGAGGGCAAUCUACGCUUGGCCAUUGAAAGGGAUCACUUCGAACCACAACUGCAACUGCUGGAGCAAGUACAGGAAUUGGACAAGUCGUCCAUUACAGAUGACAUGCGGCAUGAGAUCCGCAUGGGCAUUUUGGCGCUCCCUGUGAGCGUACGAAACCAUUUUGCAAAAGAAUUUCUGGAACUGGAAAUUGACGAUGACGAAGAUGCCGAUGUCACCGCUAUGAUUGAAGCAUUGGUCGACCAGGACGAAGAAGAAGAACAAUGGAUGAGUUUGGAGGAUUUUCAGGAUGCAAUGGGGAAAACAGGUGGCGGCGAGGGUGCUGAAAUUAAAAUCAGUUUCAAGGAAGCCGCCAAUGAGCUGGAUCUGCCUGAGUAUGACGACCUGGACUUCUUGGACCGAUCACGUUACGUGAAAGAGUUUAUUCCUUCCUUGACAAGGCUCGAAAUUAUUCAUCCACCAAAAGAAGAUAUCGAAACACUCAUGUCAGAGGUGAUCGACAAGAGUGUAUACAUGGUCACCAGCAAGCCUGAACGAUUCCUUGGUGGAUACUACAUUCCUGGUAGAAAUCUUAUGGCUGACUCGGAGGAGACAAACUCGGACAAGGUGGUUGCGGUUUUGCAGGAGCGACUGCACAAGUCAUCUUUGAAAGACAAGAUCGAUCUAUUCUACAUUCAAGAUCCUUCUCCACCAACAGAUGAAGAGUAUGAACUUGAACUCAUUGAUCGUCCUGUUCUGGUUGCGGUUGCAAAGAACCGUGAGCAGCUUUACGACCCUUCGAAUAUCAUGCUGAAGACAUCCGUAUCCCUGCUGGGUCUUUUCAGUGUGAUCUUGUUUGCUUCUGCAACCACAGGUAUGCAGCCUUUCAUGAAGGAUCAAAUAGAGGCUGCUGCUGCAGGUGACUUGUCUAUUGACGUUGGUCCCAUUCUUGCCAGCGCCUCGCAAGUGGCGGCAUCGAUGGCGGCGAUUCAGGCCGCUCACGAAGUGGCCCACCGCAUUAUAGCAUGGAGAGACAAGUUUGACAUUGGUCUUCCAACACUAGUGCCAUCAAUCCAGCUGGGACUUCAGGGUGCCAUCACACCAUUCAAGUCCCCUCCGCCAAGCAACAAGUCAAUGUUUGACUUUGCCAUGGCGGGACCACUUGCAGGGUUGCUCCUGUCUGUGACUCUGUUGGUCGCUGGACUGGAUAUGACAGCCUCGAUGGAGAUGACUGCUGCCAAUCAGCUUCCUGCCUUCCCGGCUGAGCUGCUUCGUUCUAGUGCUCUCGGUGGUGGGUUGGUUGAGUUCUUCCUGGGCAAAGGCGCUGUUAUGUCUGCUGCAGCUCCUGUCGUACCACUACACCCUUUUGCCAUUGCAGGCUUUGUCGGUAUGCUAUCGAAUGCGUUGGCAUUACUGCCACUGGGCAACACGGAUGGCGGAAGGGCGGCUCAAACAAUGUUCGGAAGACGAGGUGCAUAUCUGGUGAAGAUCUUGACGACGUUGAUUCUCUGUUCGCUGGGACUCUUUGGACUCGACGAGCCAAGGAUUUUCUUCUCAUACGUCCUUUUCGCAAUGAUUUGGCAGAGGGAUCUUGAGUCACCAACAUUGAAUGAAGCUGACGAGCUCGACUUCCCGCGUGGGCUGCUUGGGAUUGGCAGUGCGAUAAUUGUCUUGCUUGCUCUCAUGCCAAUGAUGGAGGCAUAG